CAAUGACAUAUUUUUAGCAGAUGGUUUAAACCUAAAACAUUUCAGAUAAAAUAAAAUAAGAAGAUGGAAAUGCAAGAUAUUGUAAAGAUUGAGGAAGCUAUAGGAAACUUUUACUGCAAAGGAAUACAUGAUAAAAAUAUACAUAACUAUUUAAACAUAAUUCAAAAUACAGAAAUUGCUUUAAGGUUAUGGCCACUCUUACAAAACAUAAAACCCAUAGAAAUUCGUUAUUUUGCUGCUUCAACUCUCUACAAAAUUGUUGAUAUGAAAUGGGACGCUUUGUCAGAAGAGAACAAGCAGGCAAUGAAAGACAACCUUCGUAUAUAUUUUUCCGACAGAACGGCGCCAUUUGACAUUGUCGACAAAAGAUUAAUCUUAUUGCUAGCACAAUUUAUAUUAAAAACGUCUCGUUCUUCUUCCAUAGAAAUAGCGUUGAACAAAAUUGUGUCUCAAUUCAAAAACAAAUCCUGGGAUUAUCAAACUUCUCAAUUGGGUACGUAUCAUCUAUCCCUCGUGCUUCUCACUUUCACAUACCUGCCCGAAGAAUUCGAAAGAAUUAGAAUUUCCGUUACCGAAAAAAAUGCCCUACGUUACGACAUGUGUCAAAACGCCAAAAUCGUUUUUGAUUUUUUGGACGUUUUGCUAUCUUGGAAUAGCUCAAACGACGCGAAUUUUGGUGUUUUGACUUGCGCUCAGAGUUGGCUCAUCUCCCUCGGCCAUCAAUCGGGGCUUAAUUUGUCCGAUCACUUGAAUCACCUGAAACGCUUGAUAACCAUGGCCAUUGAAGGAAUCACUUGUCAUCCUGAAAACCAAUCAGGAUACGUGGCUUUUUUGGAGGCCGUAGCAUUUUACCCCGAUAUUUAUAGAUAUCCCAAGCUAAUACGAUUCCUCCUCAACUCCCUCUCCUCGAUUCUCUCACAGCCAGUUACCCCACCCUCUUUUGAUCCGGCCCAACCACGUCUGUUACUUCACCCCUUCGUUCUUUCCAUGAUUUGUGAGACGGUCGAAGCCCAUCUAGACCUGAUUUUAGCCGACGCUAUAAUGGCUGGCUCGGAGGAUGUCGAACGUACCGCAUGUUUUCUCGAGCGGAUAGCGGUGUGCGCUAAUUAUCCUGGUUGUUACCCACUCGAAGAGCGCUGGAGUCCGAUUGGAAUGCGGGGUUGCAUAGCGAUAGCGGACGCGGUAGAAAAAGAGGGACUAACAGCCUCUCGUCUACAAAAUCCAUUGUCUCUUUCUUCCAAGGUCGACGAAGAAGACUUGAUUGCCAAGCGCUCGAUCUUCGCUAGCUUAAUCCAACCAUUUUUUAGAAGCCUCUUACCGAUGCUUCUUUACAAAGCGGCCCUACCUCUCUAUUGGACGACCGGUCCCGAUCUUUUAACCGAGACCGAUACUCGAGCGGACUUUAACAAAUGCGAGGAUUUGGCGGACAGAUCGGAAAUGCAAGAUUUGACAGAUGACACUGAUGAAUCACUAUUGCUCGAUAAAAGAGCCGCCCCUUCCAUUUCCGUUUAUCGCACCGUCGAGCAAUACAGGAAGGAAGAUAUAGGCCAGGGCGCUUGGUAUUCUAUCAUUCGUGUGUUGGGCGUUAACCCGGUUGCCGAUUUUUUGCUUGCCCGUCUAGCCCAUUUUGCUAAUGAAUCACGUUUAACGGAAUCGUUUAAAUUUAAAGAAUUAGAGGCCGUCCUCUAUCUGUCACUUCACACUCCAAUAAACCCGUCCUCGUCGCUGAUUGGUGGAUUAGGGGCUAUUUUAUUCGAAGGGAUUGGAAAUCAAAUUUGGGAGGAGGCCGGAAAACGUUGCGAAUUUUUGCUGAGAAUUAGGCUCGAUGUUUUAGCCAAAUUUUGUUCCCAUUUUUGGUUAGCUGCUGGCCCGAAAACCGCUUCAUUUCUUAACGCGGCGUUUGAAUGCGUCAAAGGCGGAAUAAAUUCGCCCUUCAUCUCUGAUUCUGCUCUUAAGGCCUUAUUGGCGGUUUUUGAAGCAUUUGGCGAUGCGAUUGAGGAAAAUCACAUUCAAAGCGCUUAUCAAGUUUGUCAGACUUUUCUCCACCACUAUUACAACGCUACCAACCUCAACGAGCCCACCCAAGCUUAUCUUGUUUAUCCUCGAGUAACCCCCUUGCUAUCACACCUCACGGUUCAUUCAUUACCCAACCGUUACCUGUCUACCCAAACCUAUUUGACUUCUGGGAGUUUAGCUCUCGACUUCGCCCCUUUCCUUACCUUGUUGAACUCUUUGCUCGAUCCAUUAGAGCAGGCCAUAGUGAUGAAACUGGAUAAGCGAAUCCUUCUUGAGGACUGGUUGAAAGGGGUGUGUAGAAUGGUGACCGCUCUGGAUAGUUAUCUUAAAGCCCUUAAAGAUACGCUUUCCGUCAUCUCACCCUCUGACGCCACUUUGAUGUUCUUCCACAACGCUUUGGAUGGUCAGGUCAAAAAUGAAGUAUUUGAUGUGGCGAGAGAGAGAGAAGAAUAUACUCCUGAGGAAAGGAAGAAGAGUCUGUUUAAAUACUGUCUCGUUUGCAAAAUGAUAAUUGCCUUCGCCGACCGAUACACUCCAUUACUUUGCUCUCUUCUAAACCUUCUGACCGGCAUCACUCCUAGUCCCUCACUCCCGAACGCGGCAGUGACUCUUCAUGUAAUUACUCUAACUACCGCUUUUGAUCUUGCAUCCGACUCGCUCCUUCUCCUAUCCCUGCCCCUCGACUUGAUCUCAACUUUCGUUUCACUCCCUUUCUUAACCUCAGAAGACGCGGACAGUAUCUCACGAAUAUCUCUCUCGACCCUAUCGGCCCUGACCGCCUCCUUUACGCCCUCCCCGCUCAUGUGCACCGAGGCAGGGUUUUGGGGAACAGUCAGAAUCGCGGUUUUAGCCUCGCGGUCUUCCAGAGACGGACGGAAUAAAGCGAGUAACUCGGAUUCUUCAUGGAUUUCACUUUGCCGUUCCGCCUUGCUCGAGCCUGUCUUAGCCUAUGCUCUAAGUUAUCUCCACGAUCAAUGCCGCGAGAAAGGUUUUGCCUUAACGAGCGGAUCCGAUGCUGAUACGCUCUCAAUAUUUGAAGGUGCUCUGGAUCUGAUAAGGACUUUGAUGGAUAAAGCUCCGGAAUUGAUAUUCACUAAUUCGGCGGAUAAUUUUGAUUGGAAAUAUAUGUUGCAGAUGCUGACCAUAUAUUGUAUUGAAACCCUGAGCAAUAACCAAUUUACCGCAGUCAAAUCUGCCCUGUCAUUUUUGGAUCAAUUUUUACGGUGCAAAUCCAUAGGGAAUCCUCCGGUUGACCCUUCAUUUUACGAUUAUUUUAUAUGCGCCCAUUCUCUUUCUUUCAAGAAUGAUAGCAAUUAUGUAUACGAUGUUUCGAUUCCAGAGUGCACAGGAUACGCCUUGACCGAGAGGCUGGUCCGUUUAUUGGUAUCUUUAUUCACCAGGACCUACUCAUCUCUAUCCACGUCGAGGAACUUCCAUUCUUCCCAUAAAAUACCUAGCCAAGCUUUCGCCGAUCAUAUUAUAGAGUCCGCUUGCAAACUGGACCUAAAUCUUACAAAUAAUUGGGGCUCGCAAUUUUCCACUUGGCUAGGGGCAGUUAUAGCUGCCCCUCGGACUCAAAGUUUUAUUCGAGAAAGCUCUACAGGCACAACUACAAUUAUAAAAGGGGAAGUUCUGAAGACAGCUCUCAUGAAGGAGAGAGUAAACUGGAGGCGUUUGGCGGAGAGCUUAAAAUAUUUGAUGACUCAAUCUUAGUUUUAUCUUAUGGAUAGAUUAAAUAAAAAUUAUACUUUCAAUCGGAAAGCUAUAUCGCUAUUUAAUAGAUACAUAGAUACUUAAAAUAAUUAAACAUAAAAUAAUAACAACUAUGUUAAUAAUCAAUA